AUGAUACAAUCUCAAAAUGCUACUAUUGUUAAUAUGCCAUUUGAAAAUGGCCAAGGUGAUAAUGGACAACUACAACAACAACAACAACAAUAUGGUCUAAAUGGCUAUAAUUUACAAAACUAUAAUUAUAUGUCGAAAUACGACAACAAUUACGGUAAUGGCUUUAAUCGUGUUUCGUCGAUGACAACCAUAUCGUGGCAUAACAUCCAUGUCUAUGGCAAGACAUUGUCCAGACUAUCGGUUCCAGGUUUGACUAUGAGAUCUAGAAAUCGUGUUGUACCUCAUAUUAUCAAAAAUGCAUUUGGUCAUGCUACUAGUGGACAUAUGCUUGCAAUUAUGGGUGCUAGUGGUGCUGGUAAAACAACAUUGCUAAACAUAUUAGCUCAACGUGGCCUGGACAAUUAUACUGUCAAUGGUUGUGUCAAAUUGAAUGGACAAACAAUGUCUAUGAGCACAGUUAGAUCGAUGACAGCAUACGUUCAACAGGACUAUCGUUUUAUUGGUACGCUUACCGUCAAAGAGUAUUUGACAUUUCAUUCAAAACUACGUAUGGAUCGGUCGAUGUCCAACAAGUUAAGGGAAAGUCGGGUCAAACAGAUUAUAGCAGCUUUAGGUUUGACCAAAUGUGUCAAUACUAUCAUUGAAUAUCCAUUAACUGGAAACAGCAUUUCCGGCGGCGAGAAAAAGCGCUUAGCAUUUGCUUCAGAGUUAUUAACUGAUCCGUCGAUCAUGUUUUGUGACGAACCGACCUCCGGAUUGGACUCGUUUACUGCGUUCAGUGUUGUCGAAGUGCUACGCGAUAUGGCACAGUCAGGUCGGACAGUCAUCUGUACAAUACAUCAGCCAUCGUCGGAAGUGUUUGCCAUAUUCAGUCAUCUACUACUUAUGGCCGAUGGAAGGGUAGCUUAUUAUGGGACAGCAGAAAAAGCAUUAGACUUUUUUGCCAAUUUGAGCUACAAAUGUCCCAUAAACUAUAAUCCCGCAGAUUUUUAUAUCAAACAAUUGGCUUUACUAUCUGAUCAAUCUAUUAGCAAUAUGCAGGACAUUAGUGCCAGUAUUGCCGAAAAAUUAUAUGCAAAUGAUUUGGUUAGUAUAGGCGUGAAAAAUAAUAGCGACAACAACAACACAGAUCUAAUCUAUCGAAACAAACCCAUUACAUACAAAACCAAUUGGUGGACACAGUUUACUACAUUGUUAUGGGUGUCCAUAAUAACAGUGAUCCGGGAGCCCAGGAUUACUAUGAUUCGUAUAAUGUUUGCACUUUUUGCUUCAAUAUUAAUGGCCCUAAUCUAUGGAAACCUGGAGCCAAACCAGACAAACAUUAUGAAUAUUAAUGGAUCGAUAUUUGUUUUGGUGGGCAUAACAAACUUUCUAUCAAUAUUUGGUGUUUUAAAUACAUUUUCUAAUGAACUACUCGUAAUGUAUCGCGACUAUAGUAACCGUAUCUUUUUAUGGACAACAUUGAUAUGUGUACUCAUAUCUAACUGUGCCACUGGAUUCGGUUAUUUUAUUUCAUCGAUGAGCACCAAUAUAAACAUUGUAAUGGUUAUAACACCUUUAUUUGAUAUGACACUACUAGUGUUUUCCGGUUUCCUAGUUAACACAAAUACUAUACAUAGAUAUUUUUCCUGGAUCAAAUAUAUAUCGUUGUUUUAUUAUGGCAACGAAGCACUAGCAAUAAACAAGUGGUCGACUGUUGAUAAAAUUGAUUGCGAUUUGACUAAAUUGAUUGAAAAUAUACAAAACGGCUUUCCUUGUGUUCCAAAUGGACGGGCAAUCAUCCGAUUUAUGAGUUUCAAUGAAAAUCAUUUUUCUCGAAACAUUUGGCUAUUGCUAAUGCUUUGUAUUUUAUUUAGAUUUUUAGCAUAUUUUGUAUUACUUAUUAAAGCCCGACUAAAUGUUAGCAGUAGAUAA